AUGUGGAGAUCGUGGGAACCAGCCAUUAUUCAGUGCCCUUUCAAUGCCAAUGGAAUGUACUACGGAUUCAAAUUGUCAACCCAUGGGACAGAUGUUGACAGCAAGUGGACUUUGUCACAGGUGAAGAGCAAACAAGAAAUGAAAGCCAAGUUGAAGUCCCUCAUGAUCGCAUACGAGGAUGAACAGAAAUUGUUGAACAGCUCGGAAAAAUCCACUCCCGCAGGAGAAUCCAGCCAACUCGAGCCACCAAACACCACCCCAACCACAGGAAACGUAGCCAGUAAAGCCAAGCAGAAAAAGAAGGGCACAGAAAAGGAGACACCCCAGCCAACGGAGGAGGAUCGGGCAAGGGCUUAUGCCGCUCUGAAGACUGCAUGCAGCAGUGGCGGGACAACUGGUAGUUCAAAUCAAAGUGGUAAAGAAAGAAGGAGAUCACGCCAACAAGCUGAAGAGAAUGCUGAGUCUGACACAGACGAUGGAGCUGAUUUGAAUGAAUUCGAUGAUUCCUUUCGUGCGCCCAUGGCAGAGAUCGUGGACAGUGAGGAUUCGGGAGAUGAAUACGAAACGCAAGCUACUGACGCAACCACCAUCGAGGACCAGGAAUCCUUCGGCAAGAUUGUGCAAAAGUUGAUAUGGAAGUUCGAAGAGGUUGAAGCUGGAAAUGUGCCCUAUGUUGAAACUAAGCCCUUGCUUCAGGGGAAAGCAGCUCAAACAACACUUAGAGCUGGAUGCAGUGAUUGCUGGAGCACACCAUUCGAAUGCUUUCAGCAUCUUGGCUGCAACAAAGAAUUCGUAGCACUACUUACUUGCACAACAGUCUAA